GCAAUGUGAAAAAGGAAAAUUUGAUGCUAAAGGUUUUAAUUUAUUAGAUCUCUAAUUUGUUUUUGAGUGAAAAUAUUGUUCCAUCGUAAAUUACUUAUUAUUAUGCACCAACGGAAAAUAUAUGCUACCGAGCUUUUAAUUUAUUUUUUCUUGGUUCUGAAUAAUUACGUUAAUGCCCAGAAGGACAUCAUAAAAUAUAACUGUGAAGACUAUAGUAAGCUUGUCCUCAUUGCCACUGUUGAUGGUUCACUUACUGCUAUUGAAGCAAAGUCUGGUGUUCAAUGUUGGAAAACUGUCAUCAAUAAAGAUACUUUUAUGUCUUCUAGUUUGUCCAAAUUUAAGGUUUAUGAAAAUGGUGAGCGUGUUUGGAUAGUUCCAUCAUUUGAUGGAAAUUUGUUUACCUAUGAUGGCAGUUAUAUUGCUCCAUUAUUUAUGAAUGUUGACUCUUUGUUAUCCACCUCAGCAACACUUGAUAGUAAGGCCAGUAUAGUUGGUGGAAAGUUAAAAAAUUUCCAUGGACUAAAUCGUUGCACUGGUGAGAUUUACUACAAGUGUAAUAUGUUUGGAUGUGACUAUGCAUCACCCGUGCAAAGUGAUGACAUUUUAAGCAUUGAAGAGGUUAGUCAAACAGUGAAUGCUUUUGAUUUUGUUGGAAAAAAGUUGAGUUGGCAUUUUCGUGUUGGUGAACUAGCGAUAAAAACUGGAAAUUCUGGAAAAAUAUCAAGUGAUGAUUUAAGUUGGUCAUCACAAAGCAGGACCUUUUUGAUUGGCAGUGAUCAUGAACCUUCAGAUGUAAUUAAAAGCAUUAAAAUAUCUCUCCACAGUGGCUUGGUUGCAAUGGCCAAUAAAAAAAUAAAGGUUUCUUGGAUGUAUCAGACUCUUUGUCCCAUCCUUGAUGUUUGGUAUGUAUCAGGGAACAAUGUGUACCUUAUGGAUCCCUUUGAUAAAGAUACUGAAUUCUUUCCUUAUGGAGAUUUUGAUGCUUUAUCCUCGUCUCGCUUGUUUUUAGGAACUUAUAAAAGACAGUAUUUUGUUAAGAAGUCAAGAGAACCUGUGUUAAAAUCUCAGUACAGUACUGAACUAUCAACUAAAAUUUUACAUAGAGCUGAUAUUAUGCUUGAGAAAUCUGGACAGUCUAAUGACCUUACAUCUGCAUUAGAACGCCAUUUGUGUAGACACAUUAGACCUGCCUGA